AAUGAUUUGCUUAAUGUUUUCACAUAUUAUUUGGAUGACAUUGAUGAGGUUAAGUCUGGACUUAUAGAACAUCUUGCAGAGUUUAUUGAAUGUUUGCCACAGUCUACUCGCAACAAUUAUUUGCCAUCGUUGAAUGAUGUUUGGGAUGGCGUUAAAAAUCAUUGGCGAUUAAGAGAUGAAAUCACAAAACAAAUACCGGAAUUAUGUCGACUAGUGGAUGGGCAAUGCGUAAUAAGUCAUAUAUUACCAUUGACAAUACGUGCAAUUAAAGAUGAAGUAGCUAGUGUUAGAGAAACCGCAGUUGCUAGUUUUCCGGUUCUUUUUGAAGUUGUACGAAAUGAUGAAUCAUGUCUUCGUGAUAUGAUAAAUUGU